AAAGAUGUUGUCAGGAACUGGGGGCCAAGUUUGCAAUCCUGCAAACACCUACACAUAGUGGCACAAAUUAGUAGUGCUUUUAAUGUCAAUGGGGCAAUUUUUAUGCACAGUUAUUUGCAUGCAUGAGUUUUCAGGAUCAGAGCUAAAGUUUUGAUCCUGCAGUUUAUUUCAAUGGGACUACUCACACAGGUCCCUAUUUCAUAAGGUAUCUAACUUCCGGGCAAGACUUGAGCAUGUGCUUCUUUGCUGUCAUGAACAGGUAUGGAUUUAAACUUUGGUGGUUUCCUGAAGAAGGUCCAUAAUAAGGCUUACAAGAUUGGGCUUUAUGAACCCAAUCCUCGUGAGGGGCUGAGCAUCCUCCAGGAAAGAAGGCUGCUGAGGCAUCUCAGAGCUCGGGGCCCUCAGGCAGCAUCAGUCACACAUCUUCAUACACCUUUUGAAAUUGUGCGUCGGCUGGUAAGGGCAAAACCUAAACCAUGGCAGGGAUCAUGGCGUGUUUUUGUGAACCACUGUCUAGAUGUACAGUGCUGUCUAUUUAUUGACUACAGCCCCCUGUGUGUGGCAGCAGGAGCUGGCCCUCUGUUUGGAGAAGUUGGUUGUGGUUCCAAUUAACACACACACACACAAUCCAGCGAAAGGUAAGUCCCCAGCCAGCCUUCCAGAGAUGGGAAGGGACGCGAGCAGCGUGCGACGCAGCAGUAUUAACGCUGCUUGCCUUUGAUGGGAAAGGAUGAGUCCUGGAGGCUGGGGCUCAGCAGUGCAUGGGCUGGACCAGGAAGCGUGGGAGGGCUGAGGGGAGGUGUGAGGGUGCAGGAGGGUGAGUCCUCCUGGCUCUGGAUUGGCACGGGGGUUGCUGAUAGGCAGCGUAGGGGAUGCUAGCGUAUUGCCCGCGCAUUAGCGGCGCGAUUAGCUAGGCUGUCUGUGGCGAGUUAGGAGCUGCGUACACGUGCAGCCCGGCGGGGCGGCAAGUUCCCUUCGGAAGAGGCAGCGCGCUGGAGCCAGGUGGCUGGCGAGCGCGCGGGAGGCAGCCGGGGAGGAGCCGGCUGGAGAGGAGGUGGAGGGAGCGGGGAGGGCCCAGGGAGGCUGCUGCGCUCUCAGGGAGACCUCAGUCCCCGCACACUCGCCCAGCGCUGCUCUCCGGCUCUGCCCUUUGGUGGCACAGCGCUGGGGGGACCCAAACCCCGCAGCCGUGGCGGAACUGCGAAGGAGACGGAGCUGGGCAGCGCCGCUGUGGGCGCAUUUUACCACGAGGAUCCCCCAGUAGCUCCCCUGCCAAUCCCCCCUCCGCAAAUCCUUGAGGCGGGUGUCUGCGUGUGUGAGCCAGCCCCGGCGGGCUGCAUCCCGGGAGCCCCUACCACGCACUAGGCGCUGAGCCGGUGAGCAGCAGAGGCGAGAUGCCAUCCACCCUCCAGGCACCAGAAAGUUUCGCAGCUCCGUGAGCGCGGCGGCAAACUCCCCUCCACCCCCUUCUUCUGCUGGGCGCGUGGGGCUCCCUCGGUGCCUCUGCAGCAGCACGGGCUGUGGGCGUCUCUGGGGGCGAGGUGCAGGACAAGGGCGCUGUUUGUUCUCCUCCGUCCGUCCCAGCUGUUACUGGGGGGCAGCCGCAGCAGCCAUGGAGCCCGAGGCGAUUGCGAUUCUCUUCCUGAACCAGAGCGAAGGGCCCCCCCGGGGGGAAUUCAACCUCUCGGGGGAGGAGCAGGACACCAAGCCCCUCUUCGGCAUCGGCAUCGAGAACUUCCUCACCCUGGUCGUCUUCGGCGUGAUCUUCGCCUUGGGGGUGCUGGGCAACUCGCUGGUGAUCACGGUGCUGGCCAGGAGCAAGCCGGGCAAGCCCCGCAGCACCACCAACAUCUUCAUCCUCAACCUGAGCAUCGCCGACCUGGCUUACCUACUCUUCUGCAUCCCCUUCCAGUCCACGGUCUACGUGCUGCCCACCUGGGUGCUGGGCGCCGUCAUCUGCAAGUUCAUCCACUACUUCUUCACCGUCUCCAUGCUGGUCAGCAUCUUCACCCUCUCCGCCAUGUCGGUGGACCGCUACUUGGCCAUUGUGCACUCCCGCCGCGCCUCAGUCCUGCGGGUCUCCCGCAACGCGCUGCUGGGCGUGGGGCUCAUCUGGGCGCUCUCCAUCGCCAUGGCCUCGCCCGUCGCGCACCACCAGCGCCUCUUCCACCGGGACGCCAGCAACCAGACCUUCUGCUGGGAGCAGUGGCCCAACCCCCAGCACAAGAAGGUCUACGUGGUCUGCACCUUCGUCUUCGGCUACCUGCUGCCGCUGCUGCUCAUCUCCUUCUGCUACGCCAAGGUCCUUAAUCAUCUGCAUAAAAAGCUGAGAAAUAUGUCAAAGAAGUCAGAAGCAUCGAAGAAAAAGACAGCCCAGACUGUGCUGGUGGUGGUGGUGGUUUUUGGCAUAUCUUGGCUGCCACAUCAUGUGAUCCACCUCUGGGCUGAAUUUGGAGUUUUCCCACUGACUCAAGCUUCAUUUCUCUUCAGAGUAACAGCGCACUGCCUGGCUUACAGCAAUUCUUCUGUAAAUCCUAUUAUAUACGCAUUCCUCUCUGAAAAUUUUAGGAAGGCCUACAAACAAGUCUUCAAAUGCCAGAUAGGUAAUGAAUCACCUCUGAAUGAUGUUAAAGAAAGUAAAAGUCCGAUAGAUACAGCACCGUCUACCAAUUGUACUCAGGUGUGAGCAACAAUUAAAAAAAUAUCCUGUCAUGUUGGGUUUUCAUACGUGUGGACUAGAUGUCUAGAAAAGCACAAUGAGCUCCUAAAAAGAGCUGCAGCUUCAGCUUCAGCUUUAGCUUGAUAAUUGGUAGAAUUAAAAAAUUCAGUUUCCUUACAUUUACCAGAUAACUGUGGCCAUUCUUAAUAUUAGACAUCUUUGUCUAGCAUGGUUCAAAUGAAGAUCUGUCCUCUGAAAGAUGUUCCAGAAAAAGUGGGUAAUGGUAUGUCAGUACUAGCCCUCUUAUUCAUUUAGUAGGAAAGCUAAUAACUUGCUAUUUAUAAAUAUUAACAUACAGCAUAUUCCAAUUGCGCCUAUAACACAAAUAUGUUAACAUAGAAUGCAAUUGUACAAUUCCUAAUCCAGUUCUAUAAUGUCAAACUUUAUUCUAUAAAUUGUGUGUGUGGGGGCGGGGAAUUAGCUCUCACCUCAAAGAAAGGUAAUUAAUGGUGCAGUACUAUGAACUUCAGUCAUCUCUUCAAGGUUGGUUCUGACAAUGGUUUUGUUUGUUUUUAAGCAAAUGUUGAGCAGAAAUAAUUUUCAUAUGCUGAAGUAAUUACUUAGAGAAGAAAUGCUAAACUAACUAUAUAACUGUAGAAUUUACACCAUGUUAUUGAGGUACUGAGGUUGUACUUUGUGUGCCUAGCCUGGCUGCAUAUACAAAACAAUGGUUACACCUUUAUAAAAUUUUGCUUAAGACACUCACAUAAUUGUGGCAUAAUAUAGGUUGAUGUAGUCAAAGUGGGAAGGGUUUGUUUUAGGCCUCUGUGUGUGUGUGUGUGUGUGUGUGUGUGUGUAUAUAUAUAAUCAAUAACUAGAAAUGGCAUUAUUUUAU